AUGGGAUUAACAGAUCUUAAGCUGAUUCAGGAGUGCAAAACACGUUGGAAUUCAGCAUAUCACAUGAUGGAAAGGAUACUCAAGUUAAAAGAACCCGUGUUGUCAACAUUAGCCAUAACGAACUAUCGAAGAACUUCCAACUACUUCUACUGUACAAAUUCGACAAGUAUUUGGAAACAGUUUGAUGAACAAGUCAGUUCGGUUCUUGGUCAAAAUAAUCCAUCUGUGGCAAGCAUUGUAGAGUUGGACAAAUAUUUGAGUGAAAAUCUCUUAAAUCGUCAACUGCAUCCUUUGAAGUGGUGGUCUGAGAGAAAGCUUUUAUACCCCAGAUUGUUUGAAAUGGUUAAAAGACGACUUUGUGUACCAGCAACAUCAGUUUCUAGUGAACGAGUUUUUUCAAAAGCUGGUAUGAUUCUUAAUAGCAAAAGAACCAGACUGACAACUGAAAAAGUAGAAAAAAUUAUUUUUAUACAAUCAAACAUGUAA